CCUCUAGGUGGUGUGAGUGAGUUUCUACAGAAAGCUAGCCCCAUUUACACUCACUGUAGUUUUGAAACUCCCACGCUGUAAAGAAGACAGCAAAUGAAGAGUUCUUGGGAAGUUUUCUGACACAGCAAAGUGAGCGUGGACUGACAGUGGAAGGUUUAUCCUGUAUGUCAGCACACUUCAGCAGAGCUGGAUACUCAUGAACAUUUUUUCACAAACACAGGACUCACCACCUGACUGUCCCUGACCUGCAUCACCUGCGAAACCUCUUGCCUUAUUUGAAUUGGUUACUACUAGCACUUUAUUCAGAGACUGAUUUCCCAGCUGGAUCUUGGUUGUAUUAAUUAAAUCUGCACCAGGUAAAACAUCAAGACAAUAUGGCACACCUGGCUGAACCUAAAUGGACUCAUAUGUUCCCUAUGUUGGUGGUUUCGCUGGUGUACUCUGCAAAAGCUGAGUAUUCCAACUGUGGUGAAAACGAGUAUUACAACCAGACCACUGGGAUGUGCCACGACUGUCCCCAGUGCCAGCCUGGAGAAGAACCUUACAUGACAUGUGGAUAUGGCACCAAAGAUGAAGACUAUGGCUGCAUUCCUUGUCCAUCUGAGAAGUUUUCUAAAGGAGGUUACCAGAUAUGCAGGCGCCACAAAGAUUGUGAGGGAUUUUUUCGAGCUACUGUCAUGACACCUGGUGAUAAAGAGAAUGAUGCGGAGUGUGGGCCUUGUCUUCCUGGUUACUACAUGUUGGAAAACAGGCCCAGGAACAUAUAUGGAAUGGUUUGCUACUCAUGUUUGUUGGCGCCUCCCAAUACCAAGGAAUGUGCAGGUGCUACCUCAGGCCUUUCACCCAUUUUCCCAAGUACUUCCGGCACAAGCACUUUCUCACCUUUCCAGCACGCACACAAAGCAGAUCUGUCAGGACAAGGUCAUCUGGCUACUGCUCUUAUCAUUGCCAUGUCUACUAUAUUCAUAAUGGCUAUUGCCAUUGUCUUGAUCAUCAUGUUUUACAUUGUGAAAACUAAGCCUUCUUCUCAAGCCUGUUGCACCAGCCAUUCAGUAAAAACGGUUGAAGCCCAAGCCAAUAUGCAAGAAGAGAAGAAAGAAGUAAAAGAAAAUGUAGUGAUAUUUGCAGAGAAAGAGGAGUUUGAAAAAUUGACCGCAACUCCAGCUAAGACUGUUAAGAGUGAAAAUGAUGCCUCUUCUGAGAACGAACGACUUUUAAGUCGCAGUGUGGACAGUGAUGAAGAAGCUGCAGUUGACAAACAAGAGGCCCCAGAGAGAUGCUUGUUAUCAUUAGUCCAUUUGGCCAGGGAUAAAUCUUCAACAAACAACAAAUCAACUGGGAUUCAAAGUCGAAGGAAAAAGAUUCUUGAUGUAUAUGCUAAUGUAUGUGAUGUUGCAGAAGGUCUCAGUCCCACAGAGCUGCCUUUUGACUGCCUGGAGAAGACCAGCAGGAUGCUCAGCUCAACCUACAACACUGAAAAAGCCAUUGUGAAAACAUGGCGCCACCUUGCUGAGAGCUUUGGAUUAAAGAGAGAUGAAAUAGGUGGUAUGACAGAUGGCAUGCAGCUCUUUGACCGAAUCAGUACAGCUGGCUAUAGUAUCCCCGAACUUCUAACCAAACUGGUACAAAUUGAGCGAUUGGAUGCUGUUGAAUCUUUGUGCGCAGAUAUUUUGGAAUGGGCACAAACAUCGCCUACACCUGCGCUACCAGCUGCUUCCUGAUGGUCGUGCUUGUGAUCCUGCUGGGAGUGGGUGGCCUGGUGGGGCUCUCAGUGGCGCAGGAGCCCCCAGGAAGUGCCAGGCCAGUUACCACCCCGGUGAAAGGCCGGUCAGGGUGCCUUAAUAACCCUAGCUCCCACAAGCUCCCUUCACUUCCAAAGGAUCUGCAGGCACACCAAGUCCAAGACCAGUGUGUCCAGGAUGUUGGAGAGGGAUUGAAAAGAAUUGGUGCUUUCCUCACAGUUACAUAUUCUGUCAUUCUAAAGGGUGAACUGAGAACACAGUUGAAACUGAAUUUGACACACAAACAAAAGAGCAAAAAUCUUCAGAGAAAUACAAGAUUAAAUGUUUCAUUAGACAUAAUGGCUUUUGUUAAACUGUUGCUGAUAGUAAAUGAACACUAAUGCCAAUUUUCCAUUCUGUUUACAAGAAUGGAUGCAGAUUAGUCUGUUGAUAUCCUGUUUUUGAUGAAAGUUUUAACUAUUUAAAGAUAUUUCUAUCAUGUCAGGCCUUGUUCAAUAAUUUAAUAGCUACAGUCAGAUACAGUACCAUGGAAUACAGAUAACGCCCGUAUAUUUCUACAGUUUCUAACACAUGUAAUAGGUAACCUAUUUCAUUCCUUAUUUACCCUAUGGAUUUGCUGAAUAAAGACGUGUGUGCAUUAAUUAUAUUCACAGAUUCCCUAGUUUAACUAAUAAUUCCAGAUAGAAAAAGAUGAUCAAGGUCAUCAACAGAUCUCAAAUGACUAUCUAUAUUUCAAUGCAUUCUUGGUCUACACAAACAUUUCAGAAACUUAUUAAUGCAUAUUGCUAACUGACUGAAGACACAGUAGUUAGAAAGUUGACUACUUUUAACUUAAAAGGAACAUAUUUUGGUAUCUUCUGUAUUUACAAAAAAACCUCUCUAAGCAAUAAAAAUGAUUGCAUAAGACAUUAAAAACAAAAAAAAGCAGAAUUAGUAAAAGAGCCACUUAAAGAGUACAAAGACAACUGCUUUUAAAAACUAUUAUAUAUGCCUACAGAAGUAUGAAGCAUGAGCAGUUGCUGAAGAGAAAAUAGUUCCUCAUGAGUCAAUUCCCUUUAUAGGGGCGUUAGACUGAGGUUGUUCACAGCAACAAUAUAUCUUAUUUCCUUCUAAAUGUUAACAAAUCUAUUUUUUGUGGC